AUGGUCAAAGAAACGGGAUAUUACGACUCCCUUGGGGUCUCGCCAACCGCCACCGAGCAAGAGCUCAAAAAGGCUUAUAAAAUGGGUGCCCUUAAGUAUCAUCCUGACAAGAACGCCCACAACCCCGCUGCCGAGGAAAAGUUCAAAGAGAUUUCCCAUGCCUACGAGAUCCUAUCAGACCCGCAAAAGCGCUCUCUUUAUGAUCAAUAUGGUGAAGCUGGCUUGGAAGGAGGUGCUGGUGGCGGUAUGGCCGCCGAAGACCUUUUCGCCCAAUUCUUCGGUGGUGGCUCAUUUGGUGGUGGCCUUGGUGGCAUGUUCAGUGGCAUGGGUGGCCAGUCCCGUGGGCCUCCUAAGGCGCGAACUAUCCACCACACACACAAAGUAUCGCUUGAGGAUAUCUACAGGGGGAAGGUUUCGAAACUGGCUUUGCAACGUUCCGUCAUUUGCCCCAAAUGCGAAGGACGGGGUGGCAAGGAAGGUGCUGUCAAGCGCUGUCCCGGCUGUGAUGGCCAUGGUAUGAAGACUAUGAUGCGCCAAAUGGGCCCUAUGAUCCAAAGAUUCCAGACUGUAUGCCCAGACUGUAGCGGUGAGGGUGAAAUCAUCAAGGAGAAGGAUCGCUGCAAGGGCUGCAGUGGUAAGAAGACCGUUGUGGACAGGAAGGUUUUGCAUGUCCACGUUGACAAGGGUGUCCGAAGCGGAACCAAAGUUGAAUUCAGGGGUGAGGGUGACCAGGCUCCCGGUGUUCAAGCUGGUGAUGUUGUGUUCGAGAUUGAACAGAAGCCCCAUCCUAGAUUCACGCGAAAAGAAGACGACCUUCUCUACCGCUGUGACAUCGAGCUUGUCACGGCCCUGGCCGGAGGUACUAUUCACAUCGAGCACCUGGACGACCGAUGGUUGAAUGUUGAGAUCAUGCCGGGCGAGGCCAUUGCGCCAGACGCUGUUAAGAUGGUGCGCGGACAGGGUAUGCCUUCGCAUCGCCAUCAUGAUUUCGGUAACCUGUACAUUCAAUUUGCCGUGAAGUUCCCUGAGCGUGGUUGGACCGACGAUCCUGAAGCUUUUGACGCUCUUCGAAAAAUUCUUCCCGUCCCUUCUAUGCAAAUCGUACCUCCGGCGGAUGCUAUGACCGACGUUGCAGAUCUAGAGGACUUGGACAACUCUGGUCAAGCCAGAGGUUUUGGGGGUUCCGCAGCUAUGGACGAAGAUGACGAAGAUGGUCACCCUCAUGCGGAACGUGUGCAGUGCGCAUCGCAGUAA